CCGUCCAGCUGUCUGAUGUGGAAGGAAGCCCGUAAACAUAUCAUCAGGUACCUCGGCUUGUGGCGUCAGGUGAGGAAACCUCACCGUUCCCCUGCCAUGUCUCCAGGACCCGCCCCCCCGACUCCCACCGGUGUUUGCAGGUUGGAGAGGCUCAUGCAGACUGUGAAAGUAACUCCUGGGGCUGUGGUAUGUUUAGAAGCAGAUUACUUUGGUGAAAUCACGAUUGGGUCUCGCACAGUUAUUCAUCCUAAAGCUCGAAUUAUAGCAGAAGCAGGACCUAUCAUUAUUGGGGAAGGAAACCUGAUUGAAGAACAGGCACAAAUAAUUCACAGAUUGCCUGAAGGCUCAGAGCCUCAGGAUCCACCACCAGUAAUGAUAAUUGGAAACAACAAUGUCUUUGAAGUGGACAGUUACUGCCAAGCUUCCAAAAUUGGAGAUAAUAACAUUCUAGAAGCUAAAAGUCACAUAGGUUGGGGUGUGGAGCUGACCCGAGGAUGUGUGAUUGGUUCCUUGUGUUCACUUGUUUGCCCUCAAACUAUUCCUGAAAACACUGUAAUAUAUGGGGAUGAGCUUCAUCGUCGAUCUCAAGCAGAAAAACCAGCAUCUCAAGGAUUGCAGUUGGACUUCUUGACCAAAAUCUUACCAAACUAUCACCAUCUUAUAAAACCCAGGAAAAAAGUUGCAGCAUAAUGACAUAAUAAUCUCAGUAACAUACACAUAUAUCAUUGCUUACAAUUUUGACUUGGGUGGCUUAUUAUAGAUAACUAUGGUAAGGUACUUUUCACAUAAAAUGUUAAAGUGACUUGCAUCGCCAUAGAAGAAAAAAUUGACAACUUGAUUCAGUUGAAGGCUUAUUCUGUUAUAGUUUGUGAUUAAGUGUACAUAUGAAUUCUUAAUUAAUGUUUCAUAAUUAGUGACAUUUUAUUCUUCAGUACUACAUCAAAUUUCAUAUAUAAAUGUAAUAUUUAUUUUUAAACUAUUACUUUUCUCAAACAUGUAAUUUAUAUAGUAAACAUAGUUACAAAAUCGUUUGUGUAUUAGAUGUUUUAGCUGAAGAUGAGAUAUGUUUUGCAGUUUAGAUAAUAACUAAAGGACAGAUUGAGAACAUUCUGUGUAGAAGGGGACAGUUGAGUGUCAAUGAAGAAAGAGGGAUAGUAGUCUGGAAAGUUGUGACAAGUUAAUAGAUGGAGAAUUAAAUUUUCUAACUCUUGAAGGACACUAGUUUAAUCUGCAAGUCCAAAAAUAUUACCACCUUGUUGUAUUGGAGUGGCUGGCCAUAAGGUUUGAAACUGUGUAUGUAUGCGUGUGUGUAGAAAACAGAUUUUCAUUCUAAGAAACAAGAAUUUUGUGCUACACAAAAAAAAAAAAAAGAAAAAAAAAAAAAAAAAAUAAAUAAAUAAUAAUAGGAGAGAGAGAGAGAGAGAGAGAGAGAGAGAGAGAGAGAGAGAGAGAGAGAGAGAGAGAGAGAGAGAGAGAGAGAGAAUAGUACAGUAGUAAGAAUAAAUUUAAAAGGUUUAAAGGACAACAAUUUUUUUUAAAUGUGAUCUCAAGUUGAUCAUUUCUCUUCACAUGUAAUUAUUAUUUGUUGAACAUUAUUACACUAUUUGAUACAUUCUCUUUUGCUUUACUAUUAUUCAUAAACAAAUAAAUGUAAAGAAAAAUGGUGCAUUUAACAGAAUGUCCCUUAUAGUAAUUACUUUACCUUCAACCUCACCUAUUCAAAUUGAAACCAUUAUGCACACAUGCACAUAUCUUGGAGUUUUUACAAUGCAUUCACAGUGAAAAGGUCAUUAUGCAGUAAUAUGCACACAUGCACAUAUGGUAGAGUUCUUAUAAUGUAUUCAUAGUGAAAAGAGAUUCAUCUCUGUGUCUCAGUGAUACAUAACUAAGCUUUAUUUUGCCUUUGUUAAUAUACAGUAUCUAUAUAUACAUGUAUCUUUACAC